CGUUCGCUGCUUCCCGAAAUAAUCAACAUCCGUUCAACAAAGGCAUCGAAACGGCGUCAAGGCUGGACUAACACGGACAAUAACGGGGAAUCCCGUUUAUAAAUGAGCACUUAACCAUCCAACAAACAUCUAUGUCAAGACUGCCAACGGACCACAUCUAGCUGCCGUGUCUUCUGUCUCGCAUUGGACCACAGUGACAGUGCAUACCUAAUCUAAAUCAGAGUAUCGGCUAAAUUAACCAAGACCGACGUCCAAAAUGGUUCAGAAUAAGAAUAACACCCCAGAAGUCACUGGCUUCCACCGCUCUUUUAAUGGGAGACUGAGCCAGGAUCACAGUCAAACAGAUUGGGAAGUAGGUCCCAAAGUCUUCCAAGCCUUGGAGGUCCAAAACCCGUUCAAUUCUGAAGAUUAUACCAAAACAGACUCCAGUCUCCACGAGUCAAACUUACAUUUAGAUUGUCCCCCAAGACCUGACAUGCCAGCCAGCCAGCCGAUUAACAUCCCAGAUGCCAAGAAGAGGACCAAGAAGAAGAAGAGAUGCAGGGCCACCGACAGCUUCACAGGACGAUUCCAAGAUGUAUACGUGCUGCAGACGGAGGUGCUGGGCGAGGGGGCCUAUGCUGUCGUCCAGACCUGCAUCAACCUCAUCACCCAGAAGGAAUAUGCUGUCAAGAUCGUGGAGAAACGUGUGGGUCUCAGUCGGAGCCGCGUCUUCAGGGAAGUGGAGAUGCUCUAUCAGUGCCAGGGACACAGAAACAUUCUGGAGCUGGUCGAGUUCUUUGAGGAAGAAGACAAAUUCUACUUGGUUUUUGAGAAACUAAGAGGAGGGUCAGUGUUGACCCACAUCCACCGUAGACAACACUUCAGUGAGCAGGAGGCCAGUUAUGUGGUGCAGGACAUCGCCAGCGCUCUAAACUACCUCCACAACAAGGGAAUGGCGCACAGGGACCUGAAGCCUGAAAACAUCCUGUGUGAGCACGUGGACCGGAUGUCACCGGUGAAGAUCUGUGAUUUUGACCUGGGCAGUGGCAUCCGGCUGAACAGUGACAGCUCCCCUAUCUCUACUCCUGAACUCAUCACUCCGUGUGGUUCAGCAGAGUACAUGGCUCCGGAGGUGGUGGAGGCCUUCAGCGAGGAGGCUACGAUCUAUGAUAAGCGCUGUGACCUGUGGAGUCUGGGGGUCAUCCUGUACAUUAUGCUGAGUGGGUACCCUCCCUUCGUAGGGCGCUGUGGCACCAACUGUGGCUGGGACUGGGGAGAGCCCUGCCAGGAAUGCCAGAACAUGCUGUUUGAGAGCAUCCAGGAGGGGAAGUAUGAGUUCCCUGAGAAGGACUGGAAGCAGAUCUCCUCUGGAGCUAAAGACCUCAUCACCAGGCUUCUGGUCAGAGACGCCAAGAACCGCCUCAGUGCUGCUCAGGUCCUGCAGCACCCCUGGGUCCAAGGGUGUGCUCCCAACACCGUGCCCUCCAGGCUGAACCACAGAGGCAGCAGAGCCCAGGACCUGACCUUCUUCGCUGGCCAGGCUGUGGCCGUCACCCGCCAGCUAGCUGAGCAGGACGAGAGCGACCGUCAGGAGAGAGAGGACCGCAACGAAGAUUCUGAGGAAGAAGGGUCGUUGGGGUCCCUCUCUCUGUCCCCCUCACCCCACCACAUGGCUACCAGCACCACUGCUAGCUGCAGCCUCAGCCCCCAGAGCUCCCUGCGCCCCCUCUCCCCCUUGUCCUCUCGGCUGGCCCGGCAAAAGAGGAGAGGGCCCCCCCACACAGGGCCAGUGUGUGCCUCGGAGCUCCGGCAGCUCCUUGCACCCCUGGUCAUCAUGGAGGACUGUGCCUGAAACCUCUAAUAACCGUUAAACUGACCGACCAACUGCAAACCUAACCUGAUAAUGCUCCUGAAAAUUCACUGCUCAUCUCUUCCUCCCACCUCUUUUCCUCUCUACCCCCUCCCAUCAUCUUUCUCAUCACUAAGCCACACCUGCAAUACCUCAGUGGCUUGGAUGAUGAUGGGGAUGUGGUCUUCGCAGCACUUAAAGAAGCACAUUGACCCUCUGCCUAAUUUGAAGACUCUUCUACUCUUGGGGUAGUGGAGGGAGGGGGGAGGGGGGGAAAGGGAUUUUGAAGAGUGGGUCAUCCCGCUCUGAAUUGAAAACUUCAUCAACCAGCUUCAUCAGAUAUACUAGAGGCCAAGUGGGUUCAAUGAGUUGGCCAGAUAACAAGUCGAAAUAGACAUUGAUUUUAUUGUUAAUAUUAAAAACAAAGCUCAACUUG